AUGUCCGCAAUUAUGUCUCAUUUAUCACAAUUGCAAGCACAAGAUGGGAGUUGGAGCCAGGAAGACGUUGACAUUGAUGUCGAUGCUGUCAGUGAGGGAGAUCUGCUUGAGGUUAUCCAACAAGUACACCACGUUGAUUAUAUUGAGUAUUUACGAGACGCAUAUGAGAUGUGGGUGCAGGAUGGGGGUAGCAAAAACGCAGUCAUGCCAGAAACAUUUCCCCAUCCCGGAUUGAUGGCGUCCUCCAAGUCAAAGGCUAUGUAUGCAAAGAAUCUUUCGCCGUUAGCAAAAGCGGGAUUGUAUUGUUUCGACCUUAGUUGCCCGAUCACAGGAGACACGUUCACAAGUGCGCUAGCUGCAGUACGAGUCGUGCUCUCCGCACUACAAUACCUCGUGUCCGAAUCAUCUGCCCAAGCAUCUCCAGGGGCUUUCGCUCUAACGAGACCACCAGGACAUCACGCAAGUCCGUCUGUAUGUGGAGGGUACUGUUUCUUCAACAACGCCGCGAUCGCAGCAAGGUACCUGCAAUCUCGUGUACCCAACACCAAAAUUGCGAUUCUAGACAUUGAUUAUCACCACGGAAAUGGAAUUUGUAAUGUGGCCUGUGGCCUGAUGAUAGCUCAAGACGUGUUUUACCAAGAUCCGUCCGUGCUGUAUAUCUCCCUUCAUGCAGAGGGAGACUAUCCUUAUUUUACCGGGACCUCGGAGGAGAUCGGGGAUGGCCCUGGAGUAGGAUUCAACUUGAACAUACCACUUGCACAAUACACAACCGGGAACAUAGAGUAUAUCGCUGCGCUUCAAAAGGGUUUAGAGAGAAUUUCUGAAUUUGGUUCACAGUGGCUACUGGUCAGUUUAGGGGUUGAUACAUACAAACAUGACCCCUUGUGUAAUUUCAACCUCACAACCGAGGGCUACCAUGAAAUAGGUAGGGAGAUAGGCUUACUCAAGUUACCAACUUUAUUCGUCAUGGAAGGCGGGUAUCACAUUGAUACCCUUGGUGUCAACGUUGGAGGAGUGCUCUUGGGUUUCAAAACCGCUGUGUAA